CGGAUACUUUAAGGGAGGAGGAGGAGAAAAUGUCGACGAUGAAUACGAAGUCUCGCUUGAGGUCAAGAUGGAUGCUCUUCGCAGGAUGCAGGCGUACCAGGCUAUCAUCUCAGGGCAGACAACCUUGCAGAGUGGGAGAGUCCAGGUCACAGAGGUCCCGCUCGAGAUCUCCGUCAUGGAGGCCAAGGCAGAGCUGAACAAGCCCGAGGACGAGAAGCCUGUUCUGCUGGACGUCAGAGAACAAGAUGAGUUCGAGUUUUGCCGCAUCCCUGGGGCGAUCCACAUCCCUUUGAGCGAAAUGAAAUUAAGGCAGGAUGAGGUUCCCAAGGACAAGCCUGUGCUCGUUUAUUGCCACCACGGUGCUCGGAGCAUGCAAGUCGUUCGCUACCUGCGAACGAGGGGAUGGAGGCAAGUCACGAAUGUUGAGGGAGGAAUCGAAGCCUGGUCUGUGGAGAUCGAUCCCAGUGUUCCUCGCUACUAGGCUGUGAAGAAUGAUGAAAAUCAUGAAGGGGAGGAGCAGGAGCAGGAGGAGCAGGAAGAGGGAAUAAACGAAGUAAA